CGACGAGACUGAUAUGUUACUGACACGCUUAAGUUCUGGACAAAUACCGCUCCUUUCCUCUCAGACAACUCUCGAUACCUCGCGCUUCUUUGUUGUACCACUCACCUGUCUGUCGUCCCUCCAUCCCUACUACCUCAACGACCUUCCUGAUACGUGAAUGCGUACAAUCCCUUCCGUCCUCAUACGACCGUCGCCUUCUCCACCGUACCAUCACAAAUACCCUGCAAACCUAUGACGCGGCAGAGGACCAGUCCAUGCACCCUUCUUGUCUAACAAAUAGUCUCAACAAGUCGUGAUCCAGCUUGGAAGCAGACGUGGGUCACCUGGAAGUCCCACUGGUCUGUCCUCCAUUUGGCCAUCGAGCUGUUCGGGUCACGUUCUAAAUCCCGCCGUAUGCAAUCAUCGAACUGUCCAAACUCCUGAGACAUUUCGACCAGGUUCUCAAACCACCUGCUCGAACAAAAGACCACUCCGACCACCACACCACCACUCUCACCCUCUUUUCAAGACCUCCCCCAACAUCUGCCUCCUCAUAUUCGCCGAGACUUCUGAUACCUGACAAGCUGCUUGGCCAGCACUCUAAGAUUAGUUGCAAGACUAUCCCUUGCUUGGCUGCGCGCUUCAGUCUUUGGCCACCGAGUUGAGAAAGUCAUAACCAUUAUACAAUUGAGGCAGCUUUCGGUUGAAAGAUCUACACCAAAGAUAAAUCUACUUGGCCGUUACUCUGUCCGCGUUUCCCGCUGACAACCUGGCGUCACCCAAGAUGUGGUCAACCGCCGCUUCUUGGGUCGCGCUGCUCGCGCUGGCUGCAGUGCUGACCAGACACUACAAUCCUGAGCUGUUCAACAAACUCACCGGACACGUAGCGACGAGAACAGAGUCGACCGAGGCAACACAGAGACCUGCUGCCAAAAGACAGAAACCCAAGCGGACACAUGCCAGUCGACUUGACUCUGGUAACAGUGGCGCCUCCACCCCUACAAGUGCUACGGAGGACAAAGCCAACAAGAGGAGGAAACUUGUGUCUACACCGGUGGACAAUACCGUUGUACCUCAGACAAGUCAAGGUCAAUACAAGGAUCUGGCACGGGAUGACGACAAUGAAUUGAGCAACAAGGAAUUUGCCCAACAGCUUGCUAGAGCUCAAGCUGGCACAAAACUAGAACCAUCAAAAGCACAAGGGGCUAGCAAGAAGGAACGUCGAGCUGCGAGACAGGCGUCACAGCCCACCCAGACUGGCUUUGAAGCCUCUGGCAUCUCAACUGAGGCUUCCUCAACCACCGGCCGCGAUGCUGAUGAUGAUCUGUCUCAAGGUGGUUCGCCAUCGUCAGGCCCUGUCUCGACGGCCCCAACAGUGAGAGCCGCAGAUGUCUCUGACAUGCUGGAAGCGCCAGCUGCGAAACCAACAACCAUGCGAUUGACGAAUGUGAAGGAUGCUGUAGCCAAAAACGUUACGAAGCCAAUCGCCAAGGCUUUCGAGCCUGUCCUGUCAAAGAAACAGCGGCAGCGACAAGCCAAGAAGGCGGAGGAGAAGGCUAGGAUCGAAGAAUCGAACCGCACGCAGGAGGCCAAGAAACAGGCCCAACUCCGGACAGCGCGGAUGGCAGAAGGGAACUCCAAUCAGACCAAAGCAAAUUCAUUCACAGCCAAGCAGAACGCCUGGCAGCAAGGAAAGCCAGCAUCAGUGGACUCAUCCCAGAAGCCCUUAAACGCCGAAACUGGUCCCUUGUUGGACACAUUCGAGAAGCCAAACGCGCCCGGGACGCAAGUCAACGGAGCCGUCACUUCCGAGCCACUGUCCGAGGUCACCAACUCGGUGCCUGAGACAGCCAACCUUAACGAAGUCCGACAAGAAAAAGGCGAUCGCAAGACUGCUGCUCUGGGUGCUUCAGGCCGUGAGAAGAUCGCACGACCAGGACUUGAAACUCAGCCAAGUUGGGCCGACGAGGUCAAUGAAGAGGAGCAAGACAAAUGGGCCAAAGAGCUGGCACAAGAAGAGCAGUGGGAACCGGUGACGUCGAAGAAAGGCAAGAAGAAAGGCAAGAGAGACAAUGAAACCAGCAGCGAAGCAAGUUCGUCUUUUGCUCGACCGACCAUCGCCAUCAACAGACCUGCAACUAAUGGCAACAAAGAGAAUGGCAUCAAGCCUCGUAACGAGAACGCAAAUCGGUUUCAGUCUUUUGAGCAAGUGGCAGACCCAUUAUUCGAGGACGCCGGCUGGGAAGCUUAGGAGGCAGAUCCGUCGUUGAAUGACGCCAAGUGGGAGGCUUGAGAGCUCGACCAGAGCACGCCCGUGCCAUCAUUAUCAUUACUUAUAUUUUUCGAUGCCACCGGCCCGCAUGGCGAGUUUGCUUUCGUCCUUUUCAGCUCUUGGUGAGGAGCAUCUGUUUGAUUUAGCAUAGAUUAUACCUAAAGGUUUCAGGCUUGCAAGCAAGUAAAAAGGGUUGAGGAAGGACUCUGAGCCCCAGUGACCUUGCCAAAUCAAAAUGCCAUCAUAGAUGGUUUUCCAAUGAAAAUCAUCCAAAAAUGCCGAUGCUGCUCAGAG